AUGUAUCGAUAGUAUUAUUAAUCGACACGACCGGCAAACGCACUUGUUAAGCGCGUUCAAACACAAAUUUAGUUUGUUUAAUUAAAAAUAGUCGCAACUGCAGCCUGGAAAGCACAUACAGCACAAUGCAGGAGUUUUUCAGAGUGCUGAUGCCGGACGUAAAGAAGGAGCUGCGCCGCGGCAUCAUCGAGUGCUCAAAACGCGGCCUGCUGCACAGCACCAAGUGGCUAGCAGAGAUGCACCACGGCUUGAGUGAUGUGAACAUCGACAAUGCAGCACCGGAUGAUGAUCAUUCGUUUAGCGAGUGCCAGCUGGAGGGCAUUACGCCAGCCGAGUAUAGCGAUUAUUUCCUAGCCAAGAGCUACUACGAUGUGCGUGAAUAUGAUCGGGCAGCGCACGCUGUCCGAAACUGCGAAUCCAGUGUGCCACGAUUUCUUCACCUAUACUCGACGUACAUGGCACGCGAAAAACGACGUCUCGACUCCACCACCGAUCAAGCGAAUCUCAAUGAGCCAAAUCAAAUGCGCGACUUGGCAGAUCUCUUGGCCACACUACGCGCGGAACAUGGACGCGGUCGCUUAGAUGGUUAUGGAAUAUAUCUAUAUGGCGUUGUACUCAAAGCAUUAAAUCUUAAUAAGGCAGCCGAGCAAAUGCUUGUAACCGCUGUGCGCAUGGUGCCAAUGUUGUGGAGUGCCUACCUGGAGCUAUCACCCCUCAUUAUGGAGAAAAAGAAGCUGCUGAGCCUGCAACUGGGCGGUCAUUGGAUGCGGCAUUUCUUCAUGGCACACACUUACUUGGAGCUGUAUUUGAAUGAUGAUGGACUGAAGAUCUAUGAGGAUCUGCAGGCUGCCGGCUUCAACAAGAGCAUCUAUAUAACCGCACAAAUGGCGCACGUCUAUCACAACAAGAGGGAUGUGGAUAAGGCUAUUGAGCUGUUUCAGGCGCUGUUUGAGAGCGACCCCUAUCGUUUGGACAACGUUGAUACCUACUCAAAUUUAUUGUUUGUCAAGGAAAUGAAAACGGAAAUGGCUCAACUGGCGCACAAGGCUGUUAGCAUUAACAAAUACCGACCCGAGACAUGUUGUGUUAUAGGCAAUUACUACAGCAUACGUUGUGAUCACCAUGUGGCGAUUUCAUAUUUCCAGCGCGCUUUAAAACUGAAUCCGAAGUAUUUAGCAGCCUGGACGCUGAUGGGUCAUGAAUUUAUGGAACUGAAGAACACAAAUGCGGCCAUACAAAGCUAUCGGAAAGCUGUGGAGGUUAACAAGCGUGAUUAUCGUGCUUGGUAUGGUUUGGGUCAGGCCUACGAGAUCAUUAAGAUGCACUAUUAUAGUUUGUAUUAUUUUAAAAUUGCCCAUCAAUUACGGCCGUAUGACUCGCGCAUGCUUGUUGCAUUGGGCGAAACAUACGAGAAGCUGGACAAGUGUGAAAAUUCGGUGAAAUGCUAUUGGAAGGCCUGCGAUGUGGGCGACAUCGAGGGCAUAGCCAUGUAUAAGCUGGCCAGCCUACACGAGAAGCUAGGCGACAACGAGACGGCCGUUCAUUGUUAUAUUAUGUACUGCGAGGACGAGCGCGCUGCCACCGACAAACAGAGCCUGUAUCAGGGCUUCAUGACGCUGGCCAACUACUAUGAGAAGAAGUGUGACUAUGAGCGUGCUGCCUACUAUGCUUACAAGUGUCUGGAUUCUGAUGAUCGCAAAACGGAAGCUAAGGCGCUGCUAAAGACAAUCGAUUAUCGUCGGAGUGCUGAAUGCCAGAAGAAAAAGUCCACGGCAACGGUGGUGGCUACGGCAGAGACCAGUUCCGAGGAUGAAAUGGAAUGGGAGCAGCUCGAUGUACGUGCCCGUGUACCAUUUACCUCCAUAGCCGACACGAGUAAAACAACGUCUACGGCAACGGCAACCGCAACAGCCAGCUCCAGUGGCAGCGCAGCCACAGGGGCAUCUACCUCAGCCGGUGCGAGAAGGUUACGUGCAGUGCCGGAGCGUGUGCGUCGAGCGCAGCCCAAUCAGCGAACCCUGACGGGACCCACUGCAAAUAGCACAGCGACAACACCCACGGCGGCAACAUCAACAAUACCCACAAUAAGUGAGGAGACGCCCGGGGGUAGUUCGGCUACAACAGCAACGGAAUCGGAGACACUGGGGGACUCAACGCCGGCGACAGGAACAACAGAGCAGCAGGCGGCACACGAUAGCAGCUCAAUGGAAAUUUCUAGCGUGUCCAUUGAUUAGAGAUUAUAUGUUUCAAGUUAGAGAAAUUCUACUGUGAAUGGGCUCAUAAAUUGAUGAUUUCUU